AUGCCAGUUGUCAGCAGUACCUGCAACGCUCUUUUGGACAGAUUUCUGGAGGAGAACUUCUCAGACCAGCUGUUUCCUCAUCACUUGGACUCAGAUCAUGACAGCCAAAUUAACUCCUGUGAUUUUGAGUCUGUGUGCCUCUGGACGUUAUCAAAUCACAGCCACCACAAUGACUGGUCUGUGGUGUCUCCAAAGCAACCAGAAAACGCACAGGCUGGGAUGAUGCCUGUCACCGACCACUCAGUGGGAAGCUCUGACGGGCACAUACUUCUCUUAAGUUCCUCCCCUGCUGCUGAGGCUUCUGGGAGAUGCGAGUACCACUUAACCAGCCCAGUGCUGACAGGAAGUGACCAGCACUGCAUUUUGCAUUUGGCUCUGUAUGAAACCAGUCCAGCUGUGGGGAACCUCAUGGUCCUGAUCAAACCAGUUCUUUCAGGUUCAGCUGUUAAGUCUGUGGGCCUCAACCACAGGGGACGAGAUGAACGCAGGUCUGAAUGGGAAAUUCUGGAGACUGUGAUUGGCCAGGUGGAUGAGCCCUUUCAGGUUACUCUACUCUACACUUCCUGUUUGGGUGAAGACAAAGCCACUGUGGCUCUGGACUCUCUGGAGCUCAUAGACUGUGAACCAGGUGCUCUUCCAUUUGGCUCACACUGCUCAUUUGAAUGGGAUGUUUGUGGUUGGUCUGUGUCCAACCAGCGCUCGGCAUGGAGGAGGGUCGCUGGAGACAAACUCUUGGAGAACGAAGACAUGCAAGGUGUCACUCUGCAGAGUACACCAGGGCACUUCCUGUUUCUGCAGGUGAGGGAGAGUAAUUCCCUUCGAGAAGCGUCCAUUCGGAGCUCUUCUUUCCCUCCUCCAGUCUCCACUAAUGCCUGCCAGAUGCGUUUUUCUCUGUACCUGUUUGGAGACUUUAAUGGUUCAUUGUUGGUGGCUAUAGAAGAGAAUAAGAGUGCCACCACGCCAUUGGUCUGGGAGCGAAAUGGUCAAUGGACGGAUGACUGGGAAGAUGUUGCCCUGCAGCUGACCGGCCUUCAUAAUGAGUUCCAUGUUAAGGUGACAGCAGUGUGGGGACAAGGCUCCAAUGCCGAUAUCGCUCUUGAUGAUAUCGCAAUUGGAGCAGCCUGCUUUGACACAGAUCUCAACUCUUUCCUGCCCAUGGCCGACUUGGAGGAUUUCUUAAGCCCCCUUCCAGAGCCUUCAGCCUCAGAGGUUUCUUUGAUGACGUGGUGGUUUAAUUCAUGUGGUGCCAGUGGACCCUAUGGUCCGACCCAGGCCCAGUGUGAUAGUACCUACAGGAACAAAAAUGUCAGCGUCACUGUGGGGAAGGACGGCCCCUUGAAAGGAGUCCAAAUAUGGAGGGUCCCUGCUACUAACAGAUACAUGAUCUCUGCCUAUGGGGCUGCAGGAGGGAAAGGAGCCAAAAACCACAACAAACGCAACCACGGGGUCUUCAUAUCAGCCAUAUUUCCUCUGGAGAAAGGAGACAUACUUUACAUCUUGGUCGGCCACCAGGGAGAGGACGCGUGCCCAGGGAGAAAUCCCCACACCCAGAAGAUCUGCCUGGGAGAGUCGUCAGUGAUUGAAGACGACCUCAGGGGAGAGGCGGGUGCAGAGUGGGCUGGGGGAGGAGGUGGAGGAGGGGGAGCUACUUACAUCUAUAAGAUGGAGGGCAGUGAGCUGGUUCCCUUGCUGAUUGCAGCUGGUGGUGGAGGAAAUGCCUACCUGGAAGACCCAGAAUCCAGUCUGGACCAGAUACCACUGGAACAAUACGAAAACAGUACCAUGGCUCCCAGUACCAACGGUCAAACCGGCGCUGCAGGUGGAGGUGGAGGCUGGAAAGACAGUCCCAGUCCACUACUGAGGGCUGGCAAGUCUCUGGUGGAGGGUCCUGAGGGGGGGUCCUCAUGUCCUUUGGCCCUGUCCAAACUCAGCUGGUCCACCUUCGGGGGGUUUGGAGGUGGAGGUGGGGCCUGCACAGCUGGAGGAGGGGGAGGAGGGUACAGAGGAGGUGACGCUGCACUGACGGAUGAGAUAACAGCCGACGGUCAGGCUGGAAUCUCAUUCAUUCAUCCAAUGGGAGAAAUUUUCCUGCAGCCUUUAGCAGCCAUGGAGAGUCACGGUGAGUGUGAGAUCAAGGUGCAGCUGAACUGUAGCCACUGCCAGACGCAGAGCUGCAAACGAGAGAAAGACACUCACCUUAUCCUCUGUCUCUGCCAUGAUGAUGAAGUCCUGGCCAGCGAUAACCUUACAUGUAUCGGUGCUGUAGCAGCUCCCCAAGGCCCGGCUCCACAGGGCCAGAUGUCCGCAACUUUGAUCCUGGCAGUCGUGACCUCCACCAUUGCGAGUGGCAUUGCACUGAUCUGCGCCAGCGUCAUCCUCAUGUGGUACCGCAGGAAGAACGAUCUGCAUGCAGUGAGGGGGCGUCUGCAGAGUCCAGAGUACAAGCUGAGUAAAAUCCGCUCCUCCACCAUCAUGACGGACUACAACCCUAACUACUGCUUCGCAGGGAAGGCUGCUUCACUCAGUGAGCUGAAGGAAGUACCGCGCAAGAACAUCACACUUCUCAGGGCUCUUGGCCAUGGAGCAUUUGGCGAAGUCUAUGAAGGGCAGCUUCUAGGGAUGAGCGGUGAUAAUAGCCCCAUGCAGGUGGCCAUAAAGACUCUUCCUGAAAUCUGCUCAGAACAGGAUGAAAUGGAUUUCCUGAUGGAGGCGCUGAUUAUGAGCAAGUUCAGCCAUGAGAACAUUGUGCGCUGCAUCGGUGUCAGUCUCAACAUCCUGCCACGUUUCAUCCUGCUGGAGCUGAUGACUGGAGGAGACAUGAAAAGCUUCCUGAGAAAGAACAGGCCACGAGCUGGCCAAACCUCUUCUCUCACCAUGAGGGAACUGUUGAGGAUGGCCAGAGACAUCGCUUGUGGCUGUCGCUACCUGGAGGAGAACCACUUCAUACACAGAGACAUUGCUGCUAGAAAUUGCCUGCUUACCUGCCCUGGACCAGACAGAGUUGCCAAGAUUGGAGACUUUGGCAUGGCACGAGACAUAUACAGAGCCAGCUAUUACAGGAAAGGCGGUCGUGCCAUGCUGCCAGUCAAAUGGAUGCCACCUGAGGCCUUCAUGGAGGGAAUCUUCACCUGCAAGACUGAUACAUGGUCAUUUGGAGUGCUACUGUGGGAGAUACUCUCUCUUGGUUACAUGCCGUAUCCAUGCAAGACUAAUCAGGAGGUGCUGGAGUUUGUCACCAGUGGAGGCAGGAUGGACCCUCCAAAGGGCUGCCCAGGGCCUGUUUAUCGAAUCAUGACCCAGUGUUGGCAACACUGUCCCGAACACCGGCCCAACUUCUCAACUAUUCUGGAGAGAAUAAACUACUGCACUCAGGAUCCAGAUGUGAUCAACACACCUCUACCAGUGGAAUAUGGUCCCACCACAGAGGACGAUGGCAGCACAGUAAUCCGUCCCUCUGACCACACCCCCAGCAGCCUCUCUCCUCUCCUGGUAUCUCACCCUGUUUCCCAGGAUGCAUCCUCCCAGCUGGGUCUCCCCCCUCUUCCUCCACAGCCCACCAAACCCCGCCUGCUCCUCCAGAGAACCCAACCUGUCCACCAUGAAGUGACAUCAUGCCACGAGGCGCUGGAGCCAUCCUGGGCCGAGCCUGUUCCUGCCCCUGGUUUACCGAUGUCAGCAGCAGCACCGGGUGUAUGCACAGGAGGCCACUGGCUCCACCCUGAGCCUCCCCACCACCAGCCAUGCUCCAGAAACAGCUCCUCCUCAGGGAGCCAGAGGCUGAAGAACAAAACCAAGAACCUGUGGAACCCCACAUACGGCUCCUGGGUCUUGGAAAACUUCAGAGGGAAGAAAAGCCUUGCUCACACACAGUCCAUGCCACUCUCAAGCUCCACAUCCUCCAACUCCAACACACAGGCUCCACAGACCUACAACACAACCUCAGAGUGCAGCGAGGCAGGAUGUGACAGUGCCAACUGCACCCAUCUUAGUCCUUCUAGCCUCUGCACUUCCUCAUCUCCCUCUCCUUCCUGUCAAGCUGCCCCGAGCAUGUCCUCCCAUAAGAGCCCAACAGGCGGCACAACUGCAAAAGCUGGCAUGGACCUGGCUAAGCUCCAGAGUUUCCCCUGUGGCAACGUCAACUAUGCCUAUGAUGAGCAAAGCUACGAGGCAGAGAGCCUGCCUUUGGUUAUUCCUAAAGCCCCAGAAGCCAUCACAAACACCAGCUCUGCCCCCAGUGUCUCCUCAGGGACCACCCUGGGACUGGCGCUUGGCCUUCAUAGUUCUUCAUCUUGUAUGCCCAAGCUGCUGCUGAAGCGUCACGCCAGCUACGGACACGAGGAUGUGAGGAGACACACCAAAGCUGAGAAACCAACACGCGACCGAGACUCAGGGUUUUCUCUGUCAGAAGACCUCAGCGUUACCCCAAUGUAA